CGAGGCUCCAAACCUCAUUCAACACCACUAACAUUAAAAUGGUUAGAAGAGAACUAUGAGAUAGCGGAAGGUGUCUGUAUACCACGUUCUACUCUCUACCUACACUACCUAGACUUCUGUGAGAGAAACGACAGUAACCCUAUUAACGCUGCUAGUUUUGGGAAGAUAAUACGCCAACAGUUUCCUCAGAUCACCACAAGACGAUUGGGUACCAGAGGACAAUCCAAAUAUCACUAUUAUGGAAUUGGUGUUCGUGAAACUUCGUCUUACUAUGAUAUCAUGUACUCUUCUAAAGGUAUUCAAAGUGCUGGAGAUGGAAAGAAAGAGUGUAGUAAACAAGUUAUCGCUUAUUCUCCUCGGUCUAAACUCGGUACCUUACUACCAGACUUUCCCAGUGUCAGAGAAAUUAAAAUUCCUGCAAAUAUCGAAGAGGAAAAGGUAUCGACGUUUCUAGUAAUGUACAGAACACAUUGUCAGCGGAUUCUAGAUACGGUCAUAAGAGCUAACUUCGACGAGGUGCAAAAUUUCCUGAUGCAUUUUUGGCAAGGUAUGCCUAGUCACAUAGUUCCUAUAUUAGACAGUAGUACCAUCGUCAUGCUAGUCGGUGUCUGUGAUUCUAUUCUCUAUAAAGCUGUUUCUAGUGUUCUCAUGCCAACAGUUCUUCAAGCUCUUCCUGAAAGUUUAACUCAAGUUAUCCGACGAUUUGCCAAACAACUAGACGAAUGGUUGAUGCUAGCUUUAAAUAAUCUUCCCGAUACUCUUAGGCGUGUUAAAUUUGAUCUGGCAAGAAGAUUCUCCCAAGUGCUGCGAAGACAGACCUCAUUAAAUCACCUCUGUCAAGCCGCCCGGACAGUUAUCCAUAGUUCGGAUAUUACGUCACAGAUGCUGGAUGAUUGGUUGAAUAUAGAUUUAAACAGUAUAAUUAAACAGACGCUGUAUACUAUGGACCAGUAUACUGAUAAAGACCAUAUGAUCAUUGUCAAUUUAUGUAGUGAGUUUGAGAAGCUGUUAGAAGAACAAUCAGCUAUAGAAUGUUAUAUAGAAUGGCUGGACAAUAUGGUGGAUAAGUGUGUAGUACAGCCUAGUUCAAAGAAGCCAGGAACUUUGCGGAAGAUAGCUCGACAGUUCCUGUUAAUGUGGUCGUGUUUUGGUACCAGAGUGAUCCGGGAUAUGACUUUACACAGUGCUCCUAGUUUUGGUUCGUUUCACCUGCUCCAUCUAAUGUUUGAUGACUAUGUUUUGUAUCUGGUCGAGAGUCUUCAUGGUCAGGAGAAAGGACAUGAUUUCCUCAGAACUAUUAAAGGGGAGGAUACGGGUAAGAUGAUUAUUUCAUUGUGCUGGGUAUUUGGAAGGCAAGGCAUACCAUUAUCUCCAUAUGAUUUCGGGUCAAAUAUGUAUAAAUAG